AUGGCCAAGAGGUUGACUCUCACCUUGGCCUUGAUGGGCUCACUUCUGCAUAGCAGUUCUGCCGACCCCGCAGGAGGUGCCUUAGCUCAAUUCCCGCCCAAGAUGGGGCGGGUCGCCAGUUUCGUGGACAACUUUGACUUCACGAACAAUGGCACCUUUGAGCAAAGGACCAUGACCUUCGACAGGUGGUGGAAGGCAGGCAAUCCCAUUCUAUUCUUCUUUGGCGGUGAAGGUUCAGUCGAGACCUUUUACAAUGCUUCAGGGGCCCUCUUUGAACAUGCCCAAGUGCUAGAAGCAAUGGUUGUCUUCCUGGAACACCGCAGCUAUGGGAAAUCCCCAGCUCCCAGGCGGACUCUGACAGUAGAACAGGCCCUGGCAGACACCGCCUGGUUCCUCUCAGGUUUGCGGUCUCGCCUCGGUUGUCAGGCACACGAGUGUCCCAUCAUCACCUUGGGCGGAAGCUACGGCGGCAUGCUAGUGGCAUGGUUCCGCCAGAAGUACCCGCACCUGACAGCAGGUGGCAUCGCCUCCUCUGCACCUAUUGAUUUCUAUCCUCAGGACGGUCGUCAAGAAGCCUUCUGGAAUGCAACUCUGCAUACCAGUCGGAAGUAUGGGGCGGAGACCUGCCCUGAUGAGUUAAGCAAAGCUUUGCGCCAGCUGCAUCAGAAAGCGCACACGGAACUCGGGCGACAGGAGCUUGGUGCCGCCUUGGCAUCUUGCCAGGACUUGCAGAAUGAAACCUCUGCCGGCGCCAAGGCAGACUUCUUCCUGCGCGGUGUGGUGGCCACCCUGGCCAUGUUGGACUACCCCGUGGCCACCAACUUCGUCACGCCCUUGCCCGCCAAUCCUGUGAAGGUGGCCUGCCAGGGUCUGCAGCGUAGCCCUGGCAUCCAAGGUCUGCGGAGCAUUAUGGACUUCUUCCUGAACGCCACGGGUGGCUAUCGGUGCUAUGACAUCAUAGCCGAAGUGGUGGGCCGUCCAACGGAUGGGAAACUGCUCGGCCCAGUGAAGGCACCUGACAUGGGACACUGGCAGUACCAAGCCUGCAACGAGAUGCCCAUGCAGUCCUUGACGAGUGAUGGCAUGGGCUUCUACCCUGCCUCCGACGAUCAGCUGAGCGAAGUGGCCCAGAGUUGCCAGUUGCGCUAUGGUCUCACGCCCCGCACCGAAUGGCUGAAGGUCAGCUUCGGGGCCAGCAACCUCCAGGUCGGGAACCUGCUGUUCACCAACGGGGAGAAGGACCCUUGGAGGGUGGGAGUUCCGAAGUUGGAGGCCCUGCCCGAAGGACUGGACAUCUCGCUGCACCUCAUUCCCGCGGGAGCCCAUCAUGAAGAUCUGCGUUUCGACUCGGAUCCUCCUAAGGAAGCUGUGUCGGUGGCCAAGGCUGUGACCCUGAUGGCCAUGAGGAGAUGGAUUGCCACCUUCGAAACUGGUCGGAAGGCAAUCAUUACCUGA